AGAAGAAGAAGAAGAAGAAGAAAAAGAAAAGAGUUGUUGGCGGACGUGAGUGUUUGCAGGCGGUUCAGAACUUACUCAUGAAGUUUCUUUUCACUUCUCUCCUUCCUGGCUAGGCGGGCUGCAGUUGUUGAUAUUGUGGAGUUUCCUCUGAAGAAAAAUAAAACCCAUCACAAACUUGGACCAUGUUACCUUCCAGACCUCCUUUGUUCUGAGACGAGACAUUUUAUACUCAGGAUUCUUACUAUCUACCUCACUGCAAAUGCUGUAUGGUGGGCCUUUAUUCCACCAUCUGGUCCAGUUACUCUUCUACCUCACUGCAAACUGCAUACGGACGUACACUCUUGUGCUUGUUUGUUUGCACAUUGUCAUCUUGUUGAGGAACACGAGCACACCCUUCACGUUAUCACCAGGCUCUCAAGUGUCAGUCAGGGAGCCACGGUGUAGCACACACCUUUGGGUUGAUCUGUACAGGAGCCAUAAACACUGAGUGAUCUUCUGGUGGGAGGUGCCACUCCAGUCAGUCUUGUUGCACAGGAGCUUGUGAUAUCAGAGGCCUGUGUUGGAGGAGAACAAGUGCAGCGUAUCGAAGACACCGCUUUGUGGUUGGAUGAGAAUAAGACAGAUGGGAAAUGGGCCAAAUUGAAACAGACAUGAAGAAUGAGGUGUUUCAAGAAGAGGACAUGGAGGAUGAAGACGAGUCGCCAUCAGAGCAACAGAUUGUGGUCGGAAUAUGUGCCAUGAUGAAGAAGUCCAAAUCUAAGCCCAUGACUGAGAUCUUGGAGCGACUUUGUAUGUUUGAUUACAUUGAUGUAGUCAUCUUUCCAGAGGAAGUGAUUCUGGAGGAACCUGUGGAGAACUGGCCUCUUUGUGACUGCCUCAUUUCCUUCCAUUCCAAAGGUUUUCCAUUGGACAAAGCUGUGGAGUAUGCCAAGCUCAGAAAUCCACUGCUCAUCAAUGACCUCAACAUGCAGUAUUUUAUACAGGACAGGAGAGAAGUGUACCGUAUCCUACAGGAAGAGGGCAUUGACCUUCCUCGUUACGCUGUAUUAAACCGAGACCCUGACAAUCCUGAAGAGUGUAACCUGGUGGAGGGAGAUGACCAUGUUGAGGUGAAUGGGGAGGUGUUCCAGAAACCUUUUGUGGAGAAACCUGUGUGCGCUGAGGACCACAAUGUCUACAUCUAUUAUCCAACAUCUGCAGGAGGGGGCAGCCAGAGACUCUUUAGAAAGAUUGGGAGUCGUAGCAGUGUGUAUUCCCCAGAAAGCAGUGUGCGAAAGACUGGAUCCUAUAUCUAUGAGGAGUUCAUGCCCACGGAUGGUACUGAUGUGAAGGUUUACACAGUGGGUCCAGAUUAUGCCCAUGCUGAGGCCCGGAAGUCUCCAGCCCUGGAUGGGAAGGUAGAGAGGGACAGCGAGGGGAAAGAGAUACGCUAUCCUGUUAUGCUAACUGCCAUGGAAAAACUGGUGGCUCGGAAGGUCUCCGUGGCUUUCAAGCAAACCGUGUGCGGGUUUGAUCUGCUCAGAGCUAAUGGCCACUCCUUCGUCUGUGACGUCAAUGGCUUCAGCUUUGUAAAAAACUCCAUGAAGUACUACGAUGACUGUGCCAAAGUCCUGGGCAACCUGGUCAUGAGAGAGCUGGCACCUCAGUUCCACAUCCCCUGGUCCAUCCCCAUGGAAGCUGAAGACAUCCCCAUUGUUCCAACAACCUCAGGAACCAUGAUGGAGCUGCGCUGUGUCAUUGCCAUCAUUCGUCAUGGAGACCGUACACCAAAGCAAAAAAUGAAAAUGGAGGUUCGACAUCUGUUGUUCUUUGAGUUGUUUGAAAAACAUGGAGGCUACAAGUCUGGAAAGCUUAAACUGAAGAAGCCAAAACAGCUGCAAGAAGUUCUGGAUAUUGCCCGCCUUCUACUGGUUGAACUGGGCCAGCACAAUGACUGUGAGAUUGAAGAAAAGAAAUCUAAACUGGAGCAGCUCAAGACUGUGCUGGAAAUGUACGGCCAUUUCUCGGGUAUCAACAGGAAAGUUCAGCUGACCUAUUUACGUAAUGGACAACCAAAAGCCUCCAGUGAAGAAGAAGACAUUAAGAAGGAAGGUCCAUCUCUGCUACUGGUGCUGAAGUGGGGCGGUGAGCUUACACCAGCAGGCCGGGUUCAGGCUGAAGAGCUGGGCAGGGCAUUUCGUUGCAUGUACCCUGGAGGUCAAGGUGACUAUGCAGGGUUUCCUGGCUGUGGUCUGCUGCGCCUGCACAGUACGUACCGCCACGACCUGAAGAUCUAUGCUUCAGAUGAAGGAAGGGUGCAAAUGACAGCUGCUGCUUUCGCUAAGGGCCUGCUCGCUCUAGAGGGGGAGCUGACUCCAAUCCUGGUUCAGAUGGUGAAGAGUGCCAAUAUGAAUGGACUGUUGGACAGCGAUAGCGACUCUCUGACUGACUGCCAGCAGAAGGUCAAGGCCAGGCUGCAUGAAAUCAUGCAGAAGGAUCAGGAGUUUACACAGGAGGAUUAUCUGAAGUUGGCCCCAACAGACAGCCCAUCGCUGGUCAACUCUAUGAACGUCAUACAAAACCCAGUGAUGACCUGUGACAAAGUCUAUGCCCUCAUCCAGAGCCUCACCUCUCAAAUUCGCAAGAGACAGGAGGACCCCAAGUCUGCAGAUUUGCAGUUGUACCACAGUGAGACACUGGAGCUAAUGCUGCAGCGCUGGUCCAAAUUAGAAAGAGACUUCCGCAUGAAGAAUGGCCGCUAUGACAUCAGCAAAAUCCCAGAUAUCUAUGACUGUAUCAAAUAUGACACGCAGCACAACGCGUCUCUUGGCCUGAAGGACACACUGGAGCUGUUCAGACUGUCCCGUGCCUUGGCUGACAUUGUGAUACCACAGGAGUACGGCAUCUCCAGAGCAGAAAAAUUGGACAUCGCUGAGGCUUAUUGUGUUCCCCUGAUGAAGAAAAUCCAGCUCGACCUGCAGAGAACACACGAAGAUGAGGCAGUUAACAAGCUGCACCCCCUGUACUCUCGUGGUGUGAUGUCUCCUGGUCGUCAUGUACGUACGCGCCUCUACUUCACCAGUGAGAGCCAUGUUCACUCUCUCCUCAAUGUUUUCCGCUACGGAGGCCUUCUGGACGAGGAAAAGGACCAGCAGUGGAAACAGGCUAUGGAUUACCUGAGUGCCGUGACUGAACUAAACUACAUGACCCAAAUAGUCAUUAUGCUGUAUGAAGACAACAAUAAGGACCCCUCUUCAGAGGAGCGUUUUCAUGUGGAACUCCACUUCAGUCCCGGAGUCAAAGGAUGUGAAGAUGAAGAGAAUGUACCUCUUGGAUUUGGCUUCCGCCCAGCGUCAUCAGAGAAUGAAGACAAGAAACCCAAUCAAGGUAGUCUGGAGGAUUUGUCUCAGGACCAGCCUGACCAGGCUGUUCUAAUCUCUGAGCUAAUCAACAUCCAGAGAAGGUCCCCCAUGAUUCGCAACCGAAAGGCAGGCUCCAUGGAGGUCCUCUCUGAGACCUCCCCCACUCAGUCCUCCAAAGGCUGCACAUCACAUCGACUCUUCCCUCUGUGUUCACGCCAGUCUUCUGAUGUCAAACCAGCCAGUGGCUUAGCUCCUCCUCACGCAGGCUGCCUCUUCAGUGCCUCUGCUCUUGGGGUGUCCUGUAGCGCCCCCAACCUACGGGACUACGUCCGUACACACCACCAUUACCACCGAAAGCCACCCCUGUCCCCAGGCAGCCUGCCGUGCCAGAGUGGGAUGUUUGAGUUGUUCGCUAUGCCGGCAGUAAAGAGAUUUUCUGUGUCGUUUGCCAGGCAUCCGACAAAUGGCUUUGAAGGCUGCUCUAUGGUGCCCUCUGUCUACCCACUGGAGACACUCCACAACUUGCUUUCACUGAAACAGGUGGAUGAGUUCCUCAACAGGGUUUGUGAGAGCAGCAGCGAAGCCCACGCCAAGACCAUGAAAGCUCUCUCUGGCUUGUUUGACUCCCAGAGUCAGUUGUCUCUUUACAGCCCCCAGCAGCCUCUGUCCUCCUCCGGAUCAGAAGCGUCUCUUCAGCCAUCAAACCAGCCUCUGUGGUAUGGCAGCAUCCCCUCCAGUGAGGUAUCCAGUCCGGGCCCCUCUUCCCCCAUCACAGAGAUCCCCAGUUUGACAUUCAGUUGUCCUGAAUAGACUGUCGGGACUUUUGAGAAUCCAAGGAGAAGUUCUCUGCACCAUCACACGCUGAGAUUUUGGUUUGUUGGGUUAUUUCUGUCUUUCAUUCAUUUUGCACUCCAUCCAUCACCCCACAAUCACUAAAAUCUGGUUCCACUGGCUGAUUCCAUGGAAAAGCCACACUGUAUUGGGUUUUUCAAACAUUUAGACUCUACAUUUCACUGCUCAGAGUGCAGCAGCUCCUCUGAGGUGUACAUACAGCAUCAACACACUCUUCUGCAGCAUCACAGGACAGUGUCAGGCCUUGAAUGUUGAGCCACGAAGGCACCAGCUUAGUUUUAGUAAAGGUGUUCACUCCAUCAACCACAGGGGAAGUACAUCUAGAACCAGCACAAGACUACAAACGGGAAGAAAAUACUUUGCGGCAACAACAUCAAAAUGAAAAUGGUGGUAUGCUUUGACAUAAAAACUAAAUUUGUUCACCCUAACGUUCUGCUUUAAUGAAAUGAUGUGGGAUUAUUCUUCCUGCUGGUGAAUAAAGUUUUUAAAUCUUCAGUUCCGUGCAAAGUAUGCAGGCAAACAUGAACAGUGACACUUGUUCUGUGUAUUUUUUGUUAUUUUGCAUGGUGAAAUUGUGCAUACAUCAAACCACUGUUGAUACCAGCAGUCUUCAGUUUAAUGUGGACAAAGACGGUGCCUGUUUGUUCAAUCCCAAAUGCUGCUUUAAAGAAACAUGAGCUGCCUCAUUAGAAAAGUUUUCACUCCAGUUGUUUGAAAUGUUUUCACUGUUUUGUUUUUUUAAUAAGGCUCAAAUUGAAAACAAAACAAAAAAAUCAUCCAUUUUCUUAUUAAAGCCAUUUAUAUCUUAAAUAAAGGUACAGCCCCAAUAUCUUGUACUAUAACACAAAAGGAAAUAUCCAGCUUCAUAUUUAUGACUGUUCAGUUAAAUUCACUGUAUCACAAACUAUGAAAGUACCUAUUAAAAUACAUAUAAUAUGUUUUUUUUUCUUUGGUUUUUUUUUUCUUUGUUUUUUUUUUUGUGGAUUUGCCCCGUUACAGAGAUCUAAUCUUGCCAAAGGAUUUUGUAUAAGCCUUCUAAGAGCGUAAAACUGUUUAUUUCUUAUGUUUGUAACACUUUACAUUAGCAACACAGCAGUCAUGGCAAGAUUCUCUGCAUAAUAUGUACCAGUUUGUUUUGGGUUUUAUUCUCGUCACCACUCCAAAAUCCUGUAGAUUAUGAAAAAUAGUGAUGCCCAUAUUUUAUAUAAUCUUAUUAAAAAUGAGAUACUGCAGCAGCAUUGUUCUUCCUUUUAAUAUAUGAGCAGUAGGCUGUCCUUACUAAAUCUUUUAGUGUAUGUUGUCUGUCACCUGAAGAACACUGGAGACCUAGUUGCCUUAUUACUGAUGAUAGUAUUUUGUAUUUAUUUAUUUAUUUUACAUUGGACCCAAAAAUAAUUACAUAACAGUAAUUCAGCAAGUUCGAUGUUACCAGCGAAAGUCUGUUUAAUUUAUUUUAUGUCCCGAUCACACGGCACACAGCGAUAGCUGGACAAAGGAUAAAAAGUCAAAAAUUGGUGAGGAAACAUGGACAAAAGAUCCUGCACUCUUCCCAUCACUGAAAAGCCUGCAAAUCAAGCGUACUCAAACAGAACAAAACUAACAAAAGAACAAUGAAGCAAACCUCAACGCUUUAAACAAAAUCAAAACAAAACAUUCACAAUGACAUGACCAAAAGCAGGUAUAAAACCAAGCGCAGCCAGCCUUGUCGUCAUGUCCGUAGUACCUGCAUGUGCGAGAUUUUGUUUGUCUUCACAUUCUGGAUUCUUGUGGCAUGUCUGUACCUUGUUGUACACUUCAUAUGUGAUAGUACUUGUCCUGACGAGUACCUUUGAGUCCAUGGCAUCAGCCAUGGGGAACUGUCCGUGUCAGACGACGGCUGUCCCGAAGACACGCAGGCCUGCCACAAACGGUUGAAACGUGCGUAAAUAAAGUAGUUAAUAAAACGCUCUUAACACUGUUGUUUCGGUAUGAAAAUGUUGUUUUUCGUCCCAAAAAUGAACGAUUCAUUAGCGACAUGAACAGUGGGGACACACAACACAUUUGGAUGCCAUGCGUGUUGCACUCAGCCCCCAUUUGGGACAGGGACUGGUGUCAUGCAGGUGCGAUUCACCUCAUCUGUUUCCACCCACGCCAUUCGGCCGCGGUAUGUCGCCCGGCCGAAUGCACUUUUGCAAGAGCACUGCAACUGCUGUUGGAGGACUUUGGAUUGCAUGUGGACUUUAGCCGACUGUGGGUUGGUUGGCCAUUUGGGCGCCAUUCACCCUGUAGUGUCAAGGCUGGCUCCAUCACAACUUUCAUCCAGGAUUUGACGUGGCCACACAUUUCGUUCGGCCCCUCGACCGCAAAUGGUCUGACUUGCGUGUGACUUGCCGUACGAAUGUUGCAACUGCAGUCAGAUGGUAUGACCUCAUCUUGGCUGCGGCUGGAUUGGGUUUUUAAUGCGAGUGCACCGUGACUGUGGUGUGCAUGUGCUGUGGCCAAACGACUGCCAACUGCUGUGCGAGGUGUUCUAAUGUGGCUCGACUUUUCACGAAUGUCAUUUGAAUCCUCCAUGUGCCAUUCGGCCUCAUUUGUGCUAUGUGUGAAGACGCCUUAAAAACAAACCUCAAUAGUUUUUAAUAUUCCGUGCUGUUAGUAGAGUAAGCAAAGCAUUAAUGGAGUCAGUCAGUCAGUGAGUCUGAAAAAAAACUACUGCAUUAUAGUGGAUUAUAUUAUAGUGCAUUAUACUGGGUUAUGAUGGAUACAGGUGAAGACCAGUGAACAUUCUGUUUUGUGUUUAACAUCUGUUACAUGCGCAGUGACCACAACAUAAAGUACAGACAGACAGGUCUACCAGGUUGUUUGUGAUGUCUUGUUGCUAAUCCCAGGGUCCCGGUGGCCAUCAACACCACUACUGUUACUUGUAAAAUAAACAGUUUUGUGUAUUUUGCUGCAUUCGUAUCCUUACAAGCAGGGCCUGCAACAAAGAAAUUUACCCACAGUGCCGUGCUGCUACCUCCAUGCUUCAUGGGCAGGAUGGUGUAUCUAAGACGACGUAAAACGUAGAGGUUAGUCAAGUGUCCAAAACCUUCACACUUUGUAUCAUCAAAUUAUAGAAUGUUCUGUCUUCCACGUACCUUCUGGCAAACUUGAGCCUGUGUUUCUUGUGUGUUUUGUGUGAUAGUCCCUUUCUUUCUCAUGGAUUAAACUAUCCUGUAGUCAUGGAUAUACACUGACUUAGAUUUUUUUUUUCUUGGAUUCAUACCUUAACCUGUGUUUUUUAGCCUGGAGUGUGAUUUUCUCUUCAUGUUUUUUAAUUCUUUCCAAUCAUGAUACAAACAAAACGCCAUCAUCCAUCAAACACCGUAAAAGAAUGAAAACACAAUAUCCAGCUAAUAUCCAAUAAAUGAUCAAAAUUAAUAAGCGAAUGGACGAAGUCCUAAAAGAAAACUAUAAAAACAUUUACAUUGGCCAAGAGGGUUAUUUUCCCCAGUCCUUUCAAAUUGAUUUAAAUUCCCAUCGUUGUGAUAAACUCUGACAGUUUCAGCUCCUUCUGUGUAACACUGAAGGAGACGGCAGCAGUUUAGUAAAAAGUCACAUUCACUUCAAACUCUGGUCUUAACAUUUGAGCAGUAUUGUGAGAGUGCUGGCUAACUUCUGUAAACCUCAAGUGCCUUAAAAGUGUUGAAUGUAUUGUUUUUAAUGAAUAUGUGAAUAUGUGUCCAAUUGAAAUAUUUUAUUUUUUUUACUAAAUUAGGAUCAUGUUUUAAAGAUUUGGUUUAACUGAAAUUAAUCACAAUAAUGCCAGCUCAGUCAAGCUGUAUUCAAAUGUUUUGGUAUUCUGUUGUGGAAUGGAAAUACAAUUUGCCUACAAAUGUAUCUUUUAUUUUUUGACGAGAGACAAUCACACAUUUGUAGCUACUGUCGGUUUCCUGUUGUAUUUUUUUAUUUUUGUUGGUUGUAGAUGUGAAAUAAGAGACAAACCACUUGAUAAAUGUUUAUAAGUGAUUUGCAGACAGCUGUUUUGUCACUGUUGGACUCGUAUAUACUCUGCUGUCACACUAUGAACUUUGAAUGUGAACUUAAUCUCAGUGUGUUAAUGGGUAUGACUUAAUUGAACAUAUCAAUCAAUGAAACCUGGAUAUGUGUCCAUAUGGCAUUGAACUGAGGGUCAGUUUACUUUCUUUGACAGAGAUGGAAAGACGACUUGCCAAAGACCUUUUUUUUUCUUCUUCAAUAUGCCAAUCUAUCUUGACCAAAAGUGUGGAUUUUUAGCUUUUUAACAAAAUGCAUUUGUCACAGAAUGUUCUAAAUUAUGGGCAUUAUCUUCCAGCAGUAUCAUGUUUGUAAAAUCU